AUGUUGAAAGCAACUCGAGAAUUUCUUCACACCUCUAUUGACAUGGGUCUUGAGAUUCUCGCAUUGUAUGGAGCAAAGAUGAACGGCCUCUCACUGCUUUAUCCAUCAUGCUUACCCGGAAAUUCAUCGGUGAAGCUAAUUGACGACGAUGAAACCGCUUCGGUAUCAUCUGGAGUCUCACCGGCACCAUCAGCACAGGAUUCAAAAUCGCCCACGGAUAGCCACGUGAAACGCCCAAUGAACGCGUUUAUGGUAUGGAGUCGAGGACAACGACGAAAAAUGGCACAGGACAAUCCAAAAAUGCAUAACUCGGAAAUCAGCAAGCGACUUGGUGCCGAAUGGAAGCAGCUGUCCGACAAGGACAAACGCCCGUUUAUCGAUGAGGCGAAAAGGUUACGCUCAAUACACAUGAAAGAACACCCAGACUACAAAUAUCGCCCACGGCGUAAACCAAAGUCAGCCGUGAAGGCUCAGAAUCGUCUUCCGCUCGGCAUUGCCCUACCGCCUUUCGCCACCCAAGCACUUUUCGCCAACUACAGUCACUUGGACAGCAUUAAGGCACCGGAUUUUACUAGCUACUACUCAUCAUUCUUCCCGAAUACAAUGCUAUCCACCUCGUAUACGCCGUACGACGUAAUGGCCGCCUAUGCUCGACAAGCAGCAGCCGUAUGUUCUCCAAUUGCAAUGAUAUCCCGCCGCCGAAUCUCGUACGUCACCGCAUCGCGACGUAACCAAAACAAAAAACUCAGCUUUUGUACGAGUUCUAACGUUAUCUCUACGACUAAGUUCCGGUCACAGCAAUGUCUUGUGCAGUGCGUGUCAUUAUUGUCUGAAUGUAUACAUUAUAAAAGUGUACGUGUGUUUGUGUGCUUCUCGUUAUAUACAUAUUAUAUUUUUGUGUGGGAUGUGGAUGUGUGUGUGCGUGGGUUCCAUCGGGGAUCGACCACACAACUCCCACAGCCGAGGUGCCAUGGCUGGCGCCACGUCAGCGAGCGAGGCCGCCGGGGCCCGCGCCAUGGUCGUCUCUCGUCCCUUAUUUCGUGUGUGAUUCUUGAGAUUAUGUUUGCUAUGUGA